CUUUCCGGAAAAAGGGAACGCACUAGAUGCAGGAAGUGAGACCGAAGUGAUUGAGUAAGUAGUGAAUGAAAUGUGUCAUACAGAGUUUAUGGUGAUCCACCUGAGACCGAUAACACUGCCUUUCUGUCAAAACAAAUGAAUAGACCGCUCACUCGAUGUGCUUCACACUUUGUACCUUUGGUUAACACUUCCCAGCCACCGUAGGAAACAAAGUCAGUAAGUGCACAGCUUUAAGUCCAUUCAGACACACACAGGUUCUGACAGGAAGUCCCUCCCCUUCAGAUCUACACUGUGAGGAUGGGUGUGACCAACCAGAACAGUUCUCAAGAAGUGAAACUCAGACAGUCGUUGUUACUGACAGGAGAAAUGGCACAGCGAGAAAACCAACUGGACCGAGAGAGAUUCUGCUGUUCCAUCUGUCUGGAACUACUGAAGGAUCCGGUGACUACUUCCUGUGGACAUAGCUACUGCAUAACGUGUGUUAAGAGCCACUGGGACACAGAGGAUGAGAAGAGAGUCUACAGCUGCCCUCAGUGCAGACAGGUCUUCACACCGAGGCCUGUCCUGGUGAAAAGCACCAUGUUAGCAGAUUUAGUGGAGGAGCUGAAGAAGACUGGACUCCAAGCUGCUCCUGCUGAUCACUGCUAUGCUGGAUCUGAAGAUGUGGCCUGUGAUGUCUGCACCGGGAGAAAACUGAAAGCCCAAAAGGCCUGCCUGGUCUGUAUGAUCUCAUUUUGUGAGAAACAUCUCCAGCCUCAUUAUGAUUCAACUGCCUAUUCAAAACACAAGCUGGUGGAGCCCUCCAAGAAGAUUCAGGAGAACGUCUGCUCUCGUCAUGAUGAGGUGAUGAAGAUGUUCUGCCGCACUGAUCAGCAGUCUAUCUGUUAUCUCUGCUCUGUGGACGAACACAAAGGUCAUGACACAGUCUCAGCUGCAGCAGAAAGGAGUGAGAAGCAGAGAGAGCUCGAGGUGAGUCGAGAAAACAUCCAGCAGAGAAUCCAGGACAGAGAGAAAGAUGUGAAGCUGCUCCAACAGGAAGUGGAGGCGAUCAAUGGCUCCGCUGAUAAAACAGUGGGGAACAGUGAGAAGAUGUUCACUGAGCUGAUCCGUCUCAUGGAGAAAAGACGCUCUGAUGUGAAGCAGCAGGUCAGAUCCCAGCAGCAAACUGAAGUGAGUCGAGUCAAAGAGCUUCAGGAGAAGCUGGAGCAGGAGAUCACUGAGCUGAAGAGGAGAGACGCUGAGAUGAAGAAGCUGUCACACACACAGGACCACAACCAGUUUCUACACGACUACCCCUCACUGUCACCACUCAGUGAAUCUACACACUCAUCCAGCAUCAAGAGCCGUCCUCUGAGGUACUUUGAGGAUGUGACAGAGACUGUGUCAGAAGUCAGAGAUAAACUACAGGACGUCCUGAGAGAGAAAUGGACAAACAUCACACAGACAGUGACUGAAGUGGAUGUUUUACGGUCAGAACCAGAACCAGAGCCCAAGACCAGAGCUGAGUUCUUACAAUAUUCAUGUGACAUCACACUGGAUCCAAACACAGCACACACAAAGCUGAUAUUAUCUGAUGGGAACAGAAAAGUAAAAGUACGGUGGGAAAACCAGUCCUAUUCUAGUCACCCAGACAGAUUUACUGAUUGGUGUUGUCAGGUCCUGAGUAAAGAGAGUCUAACUGGACGUUGUUACUGGGAGGUGAGGAGGGGAGGAGGAGUUUCUGUAGCAGUCGCAUACAAGAAUAUCAGCAGAGCAGGGAUCUCGGAUGAAUGUGUGUUUGGACACAAUGACAAAUCUUGGGCGUUAGAGUGUGACGACAGUUAUAACUAUGUUUACAAUAGUGUCUUCACUCGUGUCUUUGGUCCUCAGUCCUCCAGAGUAGGAGUGUACCUGGAUCACAGAGCAGGUAUUCUGUCCUUCUACAGCAUCACAAAAACCAUGACUCUCCUCCACAGAGUCCAGACCACAUUUACUCAGCCUCUACAUGCUGGAUUCGGGUUUUAUGGUUGUGUUGGACACACAGCUGAGUUGUGUGAACUGAAAUAGACAGAAGUCAAUUUAGGGACAGUGGGUCCACUUCUGCUUCAUCUCUUCAUCUUAUUUAGUUUUCAUGUUUGUAGCUAAGAGCUCAUUGCUGUCCCUUACUGCACACAGAUCACCUGUCAAUCAAACAUUAAGGGGCGGUGCUUUGAUGUCUGAAUAUCUGUUGUGGCUUUUUGAGUUGCUUGGCGCUCCAUCCUGUGUCUCUAUAGUCGCGGAGGUUAUCGCUGCUCAUGAUGAUGUUUGUUCACCUGAACUGACCUGAACAUAUUAUAUAUAUUAUAUAACAUUAUAUAACAUGUCAUUAUAUUACACUAU